AACAAUAGCUUUGAGUUUGUCUGUUGGCCUACCAACGAGAUAUACGUACCUCGUACUGAUACAAGAAGACGAACGAAUAGGAAUUUAGUCUAGAAUUUAUUACAUUCCAUCUUGAAAUUCCUUUGUUGAGCAGAACGAGCUUAGAUCGUAUUAUUCUGACACUAUGUUGGUUCAGUUUGCUAUUUCUUUGAUUGGUAUUUGCCUGUUCACGAAUCCCGUGAUAAGGGCUAACCCAGUGGGGGCUAGCCAAGUGGGCUGCAGCCAUGAUGGACGUGCUUACAAUGUUGGCGAAACCAUUGUUAUUGAUUGCGACAACUGUGUUUGUGAACCAGGGUUGAUCGUGUGCCCGAAGGAACCAUCCUGUCCCCGAAAGUGUUUCUUCAAAGGAAACCACCACCAGGAUGGAGAUAGUUGGAGAGACAAUGGCACGUGCGAUACGUGUUCUUGUAACGACGGGACUGUUGUUUGUAUCAACAAAGAUUGCAGCAGCUCUUGUACCGUAAACGGAAGGCACUACGAUGUGGGAGAGAUCUAUGUUAAGAACUGUGAGAAAUGUGAGUGUUUGGGUUACAACAAGGUCAAGUGUGACCAUAAUUUCUGUCCUUGUAUCAUUGGAAAUGAAAUCGUCCAGCAUGGAGAGGAUUAUACAGAUGUGACUGAUGUUCGAGGAACACUGGUGUAUAUAUGUACUGAUGGGAGAAUAAGCGAAAUGAGUGAUAAUAGACAUGGUUGAAGAGUGCUAGGGAUUUGACUGAUGGACAGAUUUAAUCUACAUUAUUAACUGCAUGUGUAGUGAGAUGUAGGGAAUAGAUACAUAAUUAACAAUAAUUAUUACAAAUAUUUUUCGAAUUAAUUCAAAGUUUGUACCUUUCUUUUUGGUUCUACUGUUAUUUUAAAAGCUUCCAGGCACGCGCAUUCCUUGCCCCGUUAGUUACCUGUCCUUCCAAAAUUAAACUAGCAGUCAAGGACAAAAAGUCAUACACCAAAUGGGCAUUAUAUUUUAUGAAUUGUUUUACAUCUUUUUAUUCUGUAAAAAUGUGCUAAAAUUAAAUGUCUUCUUUCA